CGCGCGCGCGGCCGUCCUUUUCUCGGGUGGAGAGGCGCGGGGACGGCUGAGAUGAUCUGCGUGGCGUUGACCGCCUUUGCCUACUUGUUCCAGUCGGUAAUCACUGGGAUACAUGAGCGCACUUUUGUAGCUAUCAAACCAGAUGGAGUUCAGCGACGGCUGAUCGGAGAAAUCAUACGGAGGUUUGAGCAGAAGGGAUUUAAACUGGUUGGAAUGAAAAUAUUGCAGGCUUCGGAAAACCUGCUCAAAGAUCACUACAUUGACCUCAAAGAUCGUCCUUUCUAUAAUGGAUUGGUGAAAUACAUGAGCUCCGGCCCUUUAGUCGCUAUGGUAUGGCAAGGACUGGAUGUUGUCAAAAUCACUCGGGCCAUGAUGGGAGAGACCAACCCUGCAGAUUCUGCACCAGGCACUAUCAGAGGAGACUUCUGUGUCGAAGUGGGCAGGAAUGUAAUCCAUGGCAGUGAUUCUGUGGAGAGUGCUGUACGUGAGAUCUCUCUCUGGUUUCAGCCAGAGGAGCUAAUCUGCUGGAAUGACUGUGCUGCUGACUGGAUCUAUGAGUAAACCGGUCCCUUGUGACAUCUCUCAGGAACAAGCCCAUCAACACUGAAGUGCCAUCAUUGUAAUGUCCAUACCAUGACUGCAGCAGAUCUGUAGACCACUGAACUGUUCUUUCUGCAAGUUCUCUCAAAACUGUUACUUCCAUGCAGGGACCUGGCUAAAUUGAGCACAACCAUAUUACUGACAUUUACCAAGAGAAGGUGUAGUUUAGGUGAUUCUCAAUCUGAACCAUGAGCUUGGCUGUCUUCACACAUGCAGAUCUCCUCUGUAUUUACACCAUUUUUUUUACAAACAAUCUUAUUUUAACCUGUUACAGAAGUGAAAAGGACACAGUAAUACUGGAGUGAGAGCAAUCUAACCUAACCAUGCUCAAGUGGAAAUCUAAAGGCAUUUAAAUCCCUAAUGCUGAAAGAUGAAACUGUAAUGGCCUGGUGCAGACUAGGGAAAUAAUCUAACAGUAAAACGCCAUCUGACCUAUUUGCAUUUUUAGUCUGACUUGAAACAAGUUUGUAACCAGAAUGUUGUAAAGUACUAUUCAACCAUUUAUUAAUGUCUGGAAAUGCUAGAUUCCUUCAUUCUAUUACAUUUAUUUUCCUACACAAGCCUACUUUGUGUAGGACACAAAGUGGCUAGUUUUUCAUAAACAAGCUGCUUCUUUUAGAGACAAUUAAUAAAUUGAACAGUCGUCAAAUGAUUCUUACUAUUUGAAAUUAGAGGGUCCCCUGUGUGGAUGACACCUUUGUCAUCAUGAAACACAACAAAUUAAAACAAACCCUUAAAGAACAUCCUUAUUGGUAUAAAUUUCAAAGAGUAAAAAAUGAGGUCUGCAGAUGCUGGAGAUCACAGCUGAAAAUGUGUUGCUGGUUAAAGCACAGCAGGUUAGGCAGCAUCUCAGGA